UAGGAAACAGACAGGCAGAGUAAAGCAGAGAGGGAGAAACGGAGAGUCUGGUACGGUAGCCAGAGGGCGGUGGCAUUUCUCUCUCUCUGCGUAAACGGAGAGAGUGGAGAAGGAUAGAGCGCACGGAGAGCGCCAGAGCUUAGUGGCGAGGCAGCAGUGCCGCUGAUACGAGCGAAGGGACCCCGUGGUUAUUUCCUCCACCUCUGUCUUCUCACAGCUUAACCUGCGCCUUUUGAGACGGACUUAGACAUCAGGAAUAGAGGCGAUACCCACCUUCUGGUUUUUGAUCUCGUUUGAUUUAUCACAUACCCUGUGUUGGAGGAGGAGGGGGUUUUCUUAUUUCCCCUGCCGUGGACCAAAGGAGUUUUUGUGUGUCUAUGCGUUUUACGCGUUGCUUGUAAUGGGCAAAAGUGGACAGAGAAGUGGAAUAAGACGCGGGGGUUGCCGCUCGGUGAGGAUGUGCGCCACGCCGGGGAUCCUGGUUCUCCUGGUGCUCGUACACCGAGGAGUCGCCCAAGUGCGAGAUGAUGAUGAUUUCCUGAGUCUGAGCGAACUCCCAGAAACCUUCCCCUCUGACCCACCGGAGCCUUUACCUCACUUCCUGUUUGAACCUGAGGAAGGCUACAUUGUCAAGAAUAAACCCGUCAAUCUCUACUGCAAAGCAACUCCUGCCACGCAGAUCUACUUCAAGUGCAACAGUGAGUGGGUCCAUCAGAAAGACCACACUGUGGAAGAGAGGGUGGAUGAAAACUCAGGUCUGGUGGUGCGAGAGGCCAGCAUAGAAAUUACACGACAGCAGGUCGAGGAACUGUUUGGUCCUGAAGAUUACUGGUGUCAGUGCGUGGCCUGGAGCUCCGCCGGGACGACCAAAAGCCGAAAAGCACACGUUCGCAUUGCAUACCUGAAGAAGUCAUUCGAACAGGAGCCCCUGGGGAAGGAAGUAUCUCUGGAGCAGGAAGUGCUGUUACAGUGUCGUCCUCCGGAGGGCAUACCAGCUGCUGAGGUGGAGUGGUGGAAGAACGAAGAGAUAAUUGACCCAGCAGAGGACAGAAACUUCUACAUCACCAUCGACCACAACCUGAUCAUCAAACAGGCCCGACUGUCUGACACAGCAAACUACACGUGUGUGGCUAAGAACAUAGUGGCCAAAAGACGAAGCACUACAGCAACUGUUAUUGUUUAUGUGAAUGGCGGUUGGUCGACGUGGACGGAGUGGUCGGUGUGUAACAGCCGUUGUGGACGGGGCUUCCAGAAGCGAACCCGCAGUUGCACUAAUCCCGCCCCUCUCAACGGAGGACUGCCUUGUGAUGGACAGGCUAUACAGAAACUGGCCUGUACGUCACUAUGCACUGUGGACGGUGUGUGGACAGACUGGAGUAAGUGGUCAGCCUGCGGGACCGAGUGUACGCAGUGGAGGAGGAGGGAAUGCAACAAUCCAGCACCUAAAAAUGGAGGAAAGGACUGCGAGGGGCUGGUUCUCCAGUCUCAGAAUUGUACCGACGGACUCUGUAUGCAAAGUUCAUUUUUUCAGAAGUCCACUGAGUCCAAAGAAAAGAGUGAUUUGGGAGUCCCAUCUGCUCCAAGUACAGAUGACGUGGCGCUGUAUGUGGGCAUCGUCAUCGCAGUGAUUAUGUGCCUCGUCAUCUCUGUCAUCGUGGCUCUCUUUGUGUACCGCAAGACGCAUCGCGACUUCGACUCGGACAUCAUCGACACCUCAGCACUAAAUGGGGGCUUCCAGUCUGUUAAUAUCAAAACAGCCAGAUCAGCUGAUCUACUGACAGCUCCUCCUGACUUGACAAACGCAGCUGCCAUGUAUCGUGGCCCUGUGUAUGCCCUGCACGACGUUUCAGAUAAAAUCCCAAUGACCAACUCUCCUCUCCUGGAUCCUCUUCCUAACCUGAAGAUCAAAGUCUACAACUCGUCUGGUCUGGUCACACCACAAGAUGACCUCGGAGGAGACUUCGCAUCCAAACUGUCUCCUAAGGUAACUCAGUCUCUCUUGGAUAACAGCGACACCAUGAACCUUCGCAGCCAGAGUUUGGCUCGAACACGUGACCCUUCGUGUACCGCUCACGGCUCCUUCAACAACCAGGGAGGACACCUCAUUGUACCCAACUCUGGCGUGAGUUUGCUGGUUCCAGCGGGUGCUGUUCCUCAGGGUAGGGUGUAUGAGAUGUAUGUGACUGUGCACAGGAAGGACAGCUUGAGACCCCCAGUGGAGGACAUCCAGACGGUGCUGAGCCCAGUGGUGAGUUGUGGACCUCCUGGAGCCCUGCUGACCAGACCAGUGAUCCUCACCAUCCACCACUGUGCUGACAAUGUCCAGGAAGACUGGCUCAUUCAGCUGAAGAACCAGCUGGCCAUGGGAGAGUGGGAGGAUGUGGUGGUAGUGGGAGAAGAAAACUUCACCACCCCCUGCUAUGUGCAGAUGGACUCGGAGGCAUGUCACAUCUUAACAGAGACACUGGGGACUUACUGCCUGGUGGGCCAGUCAAUCUGCAAGGCAGCCGCCAAGAGGCUCAAACUGGCUGUUUUUGGACCCGUCUCCUGCACAACUUUGGACUAUCACAUCAGGGUCUAUUGUCUGGAUGACACACAGGAUGCACUCAAGGAGGUUCUUCAGAUGGAGACCCAGAUGGGAGGGAAGCUUCUGGAUGAGCCAAAGACUCUGAACUUUAAAGACAGCACGCACAAUCUGAGACUGUCAAUCCACGAUGUGCCGCACACAUACUGGAAGAGCAAACUCAUCGCAAAGUAUCAGGAGAUCCCGUUCUACCAGGUGUGGAGUGGCAGCCAGAGAACUCUUCACUGCACCUUCACCCUGGAGAGACUGAGCGCAGCCACCACAGAGAUCAGCUGCAAACUGUGUGUACGGCAGGUGGAAGGAGAAGGACAGAUCUUUCAGCUCAGCAACACACUGGAGGAAGAGGCCCAGUGCAUAGACACAUCCCUGAUGGAUCCUGCAAGUAAUAUCACAACCUUAGUUGGACCCAAUGCCUUCCGCAUUCCUUUAUCCAUCAGACAGAAGCUGUGUGGCAGUCUCGAUGCACCACAGACCAGAGGCAACGACUGGAGAAUGCUGGCGCACAAACUAAACCUUGACAGGUACCUGAACUACUUUGCCACCAAGUCCAGUCCAACAGGUGUGAUCCUGGAUCUCUGGGAGGCCCAGCACUUCCCUGAUGGGGACCUAAACGAACUGGCUGCCGUCCUGGAAGAGAUGGGUCGCAAUGACAGUAACUUCGCCUCCAUGACAAAGGAGCACUGACCAAGCAACAUGGUUGCACUCACAAUGGCAGAACUCUGGAGACUAUUACAUGUGAAUUCUCUACGGUUGACACCGCAGCGAGGGCAAUGAGGCACCGGUUAUACACCUGUGUUAUCAUGCCAACAAGGUAACAGAGCGAGACGUGCUCGAACUGAUGUUGGAACUAUAUGUAUCUUUGUGUGUUUAUUUGAGCAACAUUGCAGUGUUGUUUGCGGCCGAAGGAGAGAUAACCCAACCUAAAACACAAACAGAGUCUAUCAGGAACAAACAAAACAUACGUACGCCUAAAAACAAAACAAAAAACAAAAACGACCUUGUCUAGUGUAACACUAGUAGAUCUCUUGCUGUUACUUUUUAGAGAACAAAGAGAAGCAGAGAAAAGAAAAAAACUGACCUUGAAAACCUCUAUUGGAAUGGAACAGAAUCAUAAAGAGAGAGAAGGUAAACUGAUUACGAGUGGGACGAGGUGGAAUGGGGAAAAAAGAGAGAGUGAGUUAGAGACAAGACUCUUUAGUUAGACAAGAGUAAACACAGAGAGAAGUUUAAACUGAUUACAAAAGGGAGGGAGGACGUAAACAUAAAAUGAUGGAAGAAGCUGCAUCUGUAAGACCGGGAUGGGAAAAACAGAUGAGGAGAGAGGGGAGGUUGAGGCGUGAUCCCAUUCUUCUCUCGUGAGCCUUGGCUGUACAUGUCUGCCGGUACAGUUUGUUGUCUUUAUAUCGUUUCCUAGGGAACGCUUUAUGUAUUCUGCUGUCCAUAUGUGUGGAUCAUUUUCGGAAUUUGCUACACAGUCAAUCAAGGACCCUGAUCAGAAACAAGCCAGAGACAACAGGUUUCCCUUCUUGGCUGACAUCAUAAAACAAGUUUGAAUUUGUGUCAUAUGUAUCAGGUUUGUGGAGAUGUAUUAGUAUGUUAAAUCAUCCAGGUUUAAUUUGUGCCUCUAAAUUUCUUAAUGAGGUCAAUCCAAACAUGAGUUCCUACAUCAUGAUACUCAUGAUGGGUGCAAGUAGAAACUCAUGUUUUUUUUUCUUCACCAUGUUUAAUAGUGCGUGGUUGCCACAGACCUACAAAAUUGUCUGUUUUGAGGUAUAUUCAACAUUGCACUUAUGAUAAACAGAUAAGGAAGACAGAGUAUGCACAGUAUGCGAUAAUGCAAUACAUUAAUAUGUUCGUUUUAAAGGAGUCAUCAUUUACUACUUUUGGAAUGGUGAAAACAACUUAUUUUGUAAACAAACAAACAAAAAAAAAGCGAAAAGGUUCCGUCCUUCCAAAGCCUGUAGUGUUAAAAUGAUGAUCUUGAAGGUCCAAAUGCACCUCAAACUAAAGUCAAGUGUUAGCAUACCAUCUGCAGUGACCCUGCUGCAUUAUUCCUCCCCAAAGAGGAGCUGAUUUUAUGAUCCAGGGUGGGGAACUCCAGCCAUGGCUACCAUAUUUAAGUUAACCUCGACCUCAAAUCCUGGAGUCUCUCUGAUAUACUGUUGAGGCUUGUUUGUGAAAAGGGUCCCAACUCGGAGACAAGACAGGGGAAGCAAAAAGGGAUGAAUUACAAGUGGAAACUCAAGUGUUUUUAAAUACAGUAGUAAAGAACCAUAACAUUAUGUGAUAAUGAAUUAAAUACAGGUGAUAUCAUUCAUUACCGCUAAAUGUAUCCUGUAUACAGAUUUUAUCAAUCAUAUUUUCAUUUACUAAAACAUAUAUAUCUUUACAUAUAUAUAGAUAUGGAUAUAUCCACUAUAUAUAUCUAUACAUAUAUAUAUGUGUGUGUGUGUGUGUGUGUGUGUGUGCGUGCGAGUCUUUAUGUUUUUCUUCAAUUUCUUCAGUGUCCCAUCGUGACAGGAUGUAAGUUGUUUUAUCUACCAUUAGGCCACACAUGAUUUCAUUUAUGAUCACCACCAUGACUUUGCUGGUCACUAGCACCAUCCAGUGGCUUUUGAAGAAGAAUAACAGCAUUUAUGUUUUUUAUUCUUUUGCUUUUCUUUUAAUUUUUUGAUUGUCUGAAAUAUGUAAAUACAUGAUUACAUAAUUAUCAUUCUAAUGACCUUGUAUUAUCAUAAUAUGUUUGUUCAGUGGUCAUUCUUGUGUUAUUUACAUUAACUUUUUUUCCUUUUAAAAUGAUUUUUAGGGUGUGGGAUAAAAUCUGUAACAUAUCAGUUAGUUGCCCUUUGUCUAAAACAAUGUUCUGUUUGCAACUAACAUUCCAAAUCAUGGUGUAUUUGUUGAGAAAGUUGCAAUUUAGAGCUGAAAAUCAAGACACCAACCAGAGGGGCUCAUGUAAAAUGAAGUGUAAUAUAUUUGUGUUUUGCAGAACAACAUUGUGAACCAAUGCUGGCUUUCAAAUGUAUGCAGUGACUCAGGUCAACAGUGUUUGAUGAAAAAGAUGCAACAGGCUGGCUUUGGGGACAGAGAAGCAGCCUUAUUUUUAGUGGCUUUUGAAUAGUUGCCCCUUGGGAUAAGAAAAAUACUCACUAUGUAAAGGACAAACAGAACAUUCAGUUCAAUGGAAAGAUGUGUAAAAUAUUCAAAAACUGGAGAUAUUUCUGCUCUGUACAAUGGAAAGACGCCAUAUGAAACUGAACAUCAGAUACGUAGAGGAGAUACUGAGGAGGAUAUUGUAGGGUAAUCCAAGUAGGCUGACAAACAAAGGCUGAGUUAACAUCGCAACAAAAGGUCAGACUUUUACCUCUUCACGACGGAUUUCAUCUCGUGGUUGUCCACGCAGGAGGAAGCCUUGAAACAUUGAUUUUUCGCAUUGAUUUUUCUUUCUUUGCUCAGUCUGUCAGAUAUGUGCCAGUUAAAAAUCCGGCCCCUUGUAUCGAUGUUAAACCUGUCACAGUGGACACGGAGGCCUCAAAAUGAUGUGUGGUUUAAUUUCCGAGAGUCUUGUGUCGACGUAGGUUCUCAGUCAUCCGGGUCAUGGACUUCAACUUCAGACAGUCUUAUUAAACAGAUUAGAAACGUUUAGGGUUACAUGACGGAGUGGCUGUUUUGUAUGUUUUUAAAUGUAACUGCUGAUGUCAGAUGUGAGGAAAUCAAAGGGUAGAGUUUUAUAAAUUGCGAAGUUAAAAGCCUAAAACGUCAAGUUAUCAAUUCGUUUUGUUUUAGAGCAAAAUGUGAAAACCAGACUUCACGGCAAUGUCUCGUCACACAACGUGAUCGUCAACAUUUAUUAUUAACUAAAAUGCAGAAUACAAGAUCAAAUUUUGAGUGGUGGUGCGUGCACAAGGAAACAGUUGUUUAAGAGAAGUUACUAGUUGGUGCGUACCUUCACCCAAAAUUUGACCCUCGCCAUGAUCCAAGUCUACAGUUUACUAGCAGGAGUAGACUAAAAAGGGGAGCAAAUGCAGGCCUCCAGAUGGUGAUCCUACCUGAUGUGAACAUGAAGAAAGUAGUGUUAAGAUAUCAGUAUGUACAAAUAUUUUCUAUCCACAGUAUGUACAGUUGUGUACUGUCAGCUAUAUUUGGCAAAUUUGAGAAUAUAAAAAAAAGAGCAGUACAGUUAGAUACUAGUUUGUAUGUUAAGAGUUUUUUAUUUAAGUUUCUUUCCUUUUUUGUAAAAGCAGUGUCUACUAUGCAAACUUGGCAUUGGUUAUCAUGAUAGAAGUCUAAAACUAGAGCUGUGCUUGUAAGUGCAUUUUUAUUUUACUAUCAGGGGUGAUUUGAUUUGAUUAGUGCGGGUUAGUGUUGGUCCAUUUUAGCUAAUUCUGGCACGCUUCAUGAUUCUUGCUCAAUCUUGCUGAAUGCUCGCCUCUCUAUCUCCUCUAAUUGUUUUCUGUACAAAGUGUAAGAAAGAAUUUUUAAGACAAUUAAUAAAUUAUAUUUAUAAGCAACGCUGAAAA